AUGCCGCUUGCCUGCCGGGACCCAGCCUUUUUUUUCUGCCGUCCAUCAUCUCCUCCGUCUCCCGGCAGAUCGCCGAGUCGCCCCGUUACGUCCGUCCACCUCCGGCCCGAUAUCGACUACGACAGCUUCUGCAUCCCAUCCAACGACUUUUUAUAUCCCAAAGAAACUGAAUCUCAGUUCACAAUGGCUAAGAAACGCGGCCGCCUCCAAGAGGCCCUCAAAUCAGCCAUCUCCCAGCAAAAACAAAGACCAUCUCAACCUCAAGGUCCCCCCUCCAAGAAACAGAAAACCUCCCAAAAUCGCCCCCAACAACAACAACAAUCCAAUAAACCCAAGAAAAAACACCAUCAACCCUCCCAAUCCGCCCCCAUCAUCCCCUUUACCCCAACCGACACCAUCCUCCUCCUAGGCGAAGCCGACCUCUCCUUCUCCGCCUCCCUAUCCUCCCACCACAAAUGCACCGCCCUAACCUCCACCGUCUUCGAACCUUCCCUCCCCGCCCUCCAAGAAAAAUACCCCCACGUCGACAAAAACAUCUCCCUCCUCCUAUCCCCCCCAAACGCUCACCCAAACUCCCCACCAAACAACAACAAACUCCUCUACAACAUCGACGCCACCAAACUCUCCCUCAAAUCCCAAUCCUUCUCCCGCAUAAUCUUCAACUUUCCCCACAUCGGCGGCAAGUCAAAAGAUGUCAACCGACAAGUGAGAGCGAAUCAGGAGAUGCUGGUUGGUUUUUUCCGCCGGGCUCUACUUCAUUUGGCGCCAAGGGGAAAGAUUAUCAUCACGUUGUUUGAGGGGGAGCCGUAUACCUUGUGGAAUAUCCGUGACCUGGCGCGACAUGCCGGGUUGGAGGUGGAGAGGAGUUUCAGGUUUCAGGCGGGGGCGUACCCGGGUUAUGCGCAUGCUAGGACGUUGGGGGUGGUGAGGAACAAGAAGACGGGGGAGGUGAGCGAGAGAGCUUGGAAGGGAGAGAGGAGGGAGAGCAGGAGUUUUGUUUUUGUGAGGAAGGGGGAGGGGGAGAAAGCUGGACCAGGGCAGGGGAAGAAUAGGAAGCAGGAGGGGGAGAUGCCUGGACAAGGGCAGGGGAGGAAAAGGAAGCAGGAGGAGGAGGAGAGUGAGGAAGAGGAGGAGGAGGAGUUUGAGGGGUGGGGGGAAAGUGGUGAGGAGGAGGAGGAGGAGGAGGAGGAGGAGGAUGCUGAUGAGGAGGAUGAAGGGUCGUCCGGUGAUGAAGUCGAUGGUGAUGAAAAAGAAGAUGGAGAUGAAGCCAGUGAUGAUGAGACAGCACCAAAAGAAACCCAGGGUUAA